AUGAGUGUUAUGAGCGCUUUAUUUGAUGAUUUUCAGUGCAACAGCACAUUUAGAUAUCGUCUUGUAUUUCUCUUAAAGGAUUUUGAAAUUGAGAACAAAAAACUGCGGGAAACACUCAACGAAUAUAACACUGAAUUUGCUGAAGUUAAAAACCAAGGUAUAAAUACUGUUACAUACAGAUUGUGAUUCUCUAGUGCAAAGCUCACAGACAUAGAGUUAAGUAUUUUACUAUGUAUGUAUUAAUAUUUCCAGAGGUGACAAUCAAUCGAUUGAGAGAAAAAGUUCGAGAGUAUGAAGAUAAAAUUGAGGAUACAGCCAAGGUGUGUACUGGGGUGAUUGUGAAUGCAAAAGAGUCUUCCAUAAUUGAUAAUUUAUAGUAAAAUUAGUUUCUUCCUGUAGUAAUACUGCAUGGAUCAAUAAUAGAUUAUUCUUGCUGGACCUCUAGGAAGAACAGUUUAUCUAGUAUAGAUAAAGUUUGUUUAGUUUAGGUUUCUUUCUGUAGUAAUACUACAUGGAUCAAUAAUAGAUUAUUCUUGCUGGACCUCUAGGAAGAACAGUCUAUCCAGUAUAGAUAAAGUUAGUUUAGUUUAAGUUUCCAUCUGUAGCAAGGCUAGAGGAAUAAGAGAUGUCUUUUACUGGACUUCUAUGGAGAGCAGUUUAGAAUUUAUAGAGUUAUUCAAUAUAAAUAGAGUUAUUAAAAUAUUUCUUUGUGAACAACUGUCAAGAUUCAGAUUUUUUAUGUACAGAUACGAGUGAAAGACAAAGAAAAAGAACUACAAAAAAUUUUUGCUGAAAGAGAAAGGUGUAAUUUUGAUAGAUUUAAAUAUGAUUGUGACCGCUGUCUCUCACUAGCAUCUUUCCAUUUUCAGAUGCUAACCUAAACACUUUUCAUCCUAGACAAUUACAAGAAACUCAACUUGAAGUGGCGAAGAAAUUGGGAGAAACAGAACAAGAAGUGGUUGCAUUAAAAGCAGGUAAUUAGCUGUAUCAGUUCUGUAACUGUUCUUCCUAGAAGUGGAUGGAAUUUUGAUCAUGGUAAAUAUUGUUACUUGUUUUAAAUCCUGUAGCUUUGGAAAGUGCUCAGUCUGAACUGUUUGAUGUAAAGUCAAAGUUAGAUGAGGAGAACGAAGCAAGGUUAGUAAUCACAAUUUCUUUGCUUUUAAAAACAUUGGUGUUGAUAAAUUAAAGUACAAUUUGUAAUGAAAGUUUAAAAUUAUUUUUAGGGGUUCUGCAAUUGAACUAUUGGAAGCUGAUGUUGAGAGAGCCAGUCAGGUAACAAUCUUAACAAUCGUAUUGUGUACUGUGUAGCUCUUACAGUAUUCUUGUUUUGUUGUUAUGAUCAACCAAUAUCGCAAAGCUAGUUUAUAUAGAUUGUUGGCGACCCUGAUGUAGUGUCUACAUACAACUUGUACUUUACUGAGUUUACUUUAUCACUUCUAGAGAGCGCUGCUAGCAGAACGUUAUGUAGAGUCAUUGACUGAGCAGUUGAACCAAGUGAAAUCAGAACUCCAGGUAAAGUUAAGGACUAUUGUUUCAUGUUAAAUCUUGUGGUUAAUACAUUUCUAGCGUAUAUAAAUUCACUUUUAGCAAACGUAUAUGACUUGUGUCGACUCACUUUAUCUUCUUUUUCUUAUCAAGACGUCUGAUGAAAAAUCACGGCCAAAUGUGGUAUGACUUUUAGUUUCUCUUUGAAACAAAUGAUAGCGAUAUUACAUUUAUUAAACGACGUUGCGAUGCUACAACGUACAGUACAUCAUUUUCAAGUUAUAGUAAUUACAUAUAUAUUGCUAUAACUUGAAAAUGACGCAUGCUGUAGCAUCGAAACGGUGUUUAAUAAAUGUAAUAUCACUAUCAUUUUUUUUUCUAAAUUAUUUUCAAAAACGUUUUUGUAGUUUUUUCUUGUUUUUAUUAACUUAUAAUGGCCUCUUUAUAACGGCCUCUAUACAAAAGUCUAUUAUACGAUAAGUCCCAAGUGAAGUCGGUUUAUCACUUGUUCUACACAACCUGAAAACUUGUUCAAAUUCUUGACAGGACGAUGCAUUUCACUCAAUCUCAAGGGCGACAUUGGAACGAGAACUUUCAGCGAAAGAAAAGGAGGUACCCACUCUACCAUGCAGAAUAUUCAAGUACGGUUUAAUGGGUAGCUUGCGUAGCACCCGGUUUUUGGGGCGAGGAUACAAAGCUUUUAGGUAUGAUAAAGCUGUUAAUAUGUUUUUGUUUGCUUCUAGAUUGGUCAAUUGGUGGAAGACAUUCAACGUCUUCAAGCUGCCAUGAAUAAAAUGCGUGAAGCAGGAAUACAUCAGGUACUAUCAGACAAUGUUAACCCAGUAAAUAGCAUUGUGCCCUCAUUCACCCUACCUUGUUAUUUUACUCUGCCCAAAGCCGGUUUUCCACUAGGCGGAAUUUUGUGCGCGGAGCGGAAUUUUUCUUUGUCUUGUGAUUUCUCCGAUGGUACUCCGCGCCCAAAAUUUUACUAAUCAAGGCAAGAGGUCUGGGCAAAUAUUGUUUUAAUAUGUUACGUCUGGUAUUUAUCGCAGGUUACUUCCCUAGAGGAACAGUUGGCAAGUAAAUCUGAAGCCAUUCACAAACUGGUGAGUUCCAAUAAUACACUCUUCUGGAAAGCGCGUCAAUUUUGGCUAUAGAGCCUCGUUUUCGUGUGCACGUGACAACAUCGCUUUCACGAAAACGGGGGGGGGGGGGCUGGGGGCUUCAACAAAGUUUUCGUCUUUAUCACACAAUUAAUCAAUUAACUCUCUCUCGGUACGGUACUCUCUACUUCAUUACCACUUGCAGCCUAAAGGUGCAGACACACCGGAUGCGAUUCAACAAUGCGGUGCGAUUUUUAGUUUUUGAACAUUAAUAAAACAGCCAAUAAAAAUAAAUUUUAAAAGAUAUGUAGGCCAAAUAACUCAAAAUGUAAUAGCGCUUCUAAAUAUUUGGAAAACUUAAAUUAGGAUCAAAGUUGGAACACUUAAAUUAGGAUAAAAUGAGAGGCACUCACCCCCUGAUAAUAAUCAAAAUGGCGAACGUCCAGGGGGAUGCCUCUCAUAAGCGCACUAGCUAGGACUAUUGCGUCAGCAUUUUGAUGACGAAUCAUGGCAUGGCAGCAGUUACGCUUGGUUGAGUCACAGAUGAUAGAUAAUACCAGAUGUCUCACUCAGCCAAAAUUGUGUCCGCGAUUUUUUAUGAGCACGCGUUGGCCGCCAUUUUGGUAGUAAGUGUAAUCCAUGCCAUGAAACGUGAGCAAUCACGCAUUUUGGCAGUAAGUGUCGCACGCGUCAUCUGGCGUGAUAGCCUCGCGAAAAUCGCGGACACGAAAAUCAUAGGGAUAGAUAUAGAGUGAUACACAUCUGGUAUUAUCUAUCAUCUGUGGCUGAGUCGACCUUCUGUGUGUGUUUAUUCUGUGGCCUUGUUUUGCCCAAGCUCUUGCUGAGCACAUUGUAUUGGAUAAAAAAAAUUAGAAAUUUAUCCCUAAGUUUGCACACUGUUAACCAUCAUGUGGAUGUUCGCUGCAUCUCCUGACAAUAGGGAGUUUACGCUCUGCGACUCGGCCGGCUCGACGACGCGGUCUAAAUUUUAGCUCAAGAAUGAGCGCUAAGCAAUUCAAUUACUGUAAUAAAUAUUUGACUCUUUCAAAUAACCUUACAAAAUGCUACGUUCGGCUGAAGCGAUGCAAUGUUUGCUGUAAUUUUGACUUUUAGUAAUACCUCUUGUGUCGCAUUAAGCUUUCGCGUUGCCUGAAAGACGUAAUAAUGCUUUUUUAACGUUGUGUUGAGAAUGACAACGCGGUUGACAAUGCUCAUGGGACCACAAAUUAUUGACAGCUUUUGUCUUGCAUGACAAAUUUCUUUGUAAAUUCUUUGUAGGUUUGCAUGGCUAUAAAACACAUAAUACUAUUGUUUGUGGAAACACCAAAUUUCUUUGUUUUGAAAGCGCGUCGUCGAGCCGGUCGCGUCGUAGAUCGUAAACUCCCUAAUUUGUUCUAGGGAACCUGCAUGUGGCGAACUUCCUGGGCCCUGGCACUACAUUGUUGUAUUUUUAGGUAGUUGCCGAAUGCCGAAUCUUAUUAAAUCAUUAAAUCAAACUAUGCAUGCUUGCAUGAUUAUAAGGUUGAAUAGCGACAAGCAUUGUCCAAGCCCAGUUGGUGACGAAAAUAUUUGCAUGCUAAAAUUAUGAUUUCAUCAGCAGAUUCCAAUGUGAGUUUGUUGUGUAAUUUACCGGUACGUAAACGUACAAUAUUAACAUGGAGCAGUAUUCGAUGAAAUCAUGAAUCAUAAUAAAAAUACUUUUUUCCAUAAUAAGACAUAGGUUCAUACGUGCGAAACUUCAGAAUCUUGUCACAGAUAUACACUUGCCUUGAAUUCUGAAUUUUGCUCACCAGGAUAAUAAUAAAAAAUGCAAGUCAUCUCGGUGCGAGCGGAUAUUGUGGCAAAAAUAACCAUUCAGCAGUAAGGAGAAUUUGAGGUAAUCAACAGUUAUAAUACUUGACGUUUUCAGAACCUCCAUGCUUUUUAAUUUUUCUGUAAUUCAUAUUAUUCAUAAUUUGGACCUUAUUCUUGGUAUAGACAGUACUAAAAAUAAUACCCAAAUCCGAGCAAAUGAGUUCCAUUGCCACAAUAUAUCGUUAGACUUAUUUCAAAGUAUGUCGUCAGACUUUUUUCAAGAUAUGUGGUCAGAAUUAUUUCAAGGUAUGUGGUCAUAUGUUGUCCCCCUCAUCAUCAAAUAUGUUGUCGUCCUCAUCAAAUAUGUUGUCCCCCUCAUCAUCAAAUAUGUUGUCGCCCUCAUCAAGUAUGUUGUCGCCCUCAUCAAGUACUGUAUGUGGCAAGGAUAAUCAGUUGCCCUACUGCCAAGAUAAGGGAGUGUUCAUUAUUUAUACCCGGGGUUGGUACCGAAGAGAAACUAAUCGAAAAGGGAAGAAAACAACCACCCACCCUUUCGGUCAACCAUUUUUUUCCCUACCCAACUAUUGCAUGACUUGGAUUUUUAUUUUACCCAACCCAAUUUCAAAAUUAUACAAGUAUUUUACAUAUAUACAUAUAUAUUAUUAUACAAGCUAGGCCACUAUAGUAUAAAUAUGCAAUACUAUGCAUAUUUGGUAUACUAUAACUGAAUGUCAAAUAUAAUCAUUUGUACCUUCACAAGUUCAUAUUAUGUUCCCAAGCCUCCACGUUCCUGCAGUCCUACCAUAUCUCGUUGUUGUAAUCAGAGGGGAUGGGGAGUUUGAGUUUAGUUUUCCUUGUGGGGAAUGAAUGGAUAUUUCCAUAUUUUGUUCAAUUCAAGGUUUGUAUUGAAAAUAAUUUACCCACCCAUAGGCUUUGUUCAAAUAAUAUUUACCCAACCCUUCAUACCCCAGAAAAAUGGCUUACCCAACCCAUUUCUCUUCGGUACCAACCCCGGGUAUAAAUAAUGAACACUCCCUAACGCUGAACGAAAAGAUGUGGAAAACCCGGCGCCUUCUGGCACCACUCUCUUCUGCAGAGAACUCUGCAAACAGGUUUUACAAUAAAAUUAGCAGCGUUGCCAUUGGGAGUAUUAGCGAUUUUCUUGCUCUAUGUUGAUAUAAACAUUGACCCCAUUUUAAGAUCGGAAAAAAUUCACAGUGCAACCACUUAUGUGCUAGCUGGUGUAUUCGUGCUAGAAUGCGUGGGAAAGUACUUUCCAGUAGUUGGAAUGGUGGUCCUAGUCAUCCGUCACGUGAUAGCAUUCGAGAAGACUUUGUACAUUGCCAAUGUAGCCGUGUUCUUCCCGGAUUUGAGAAAACUGCUUAAUCAGUUUUCGUGGCCCUUGACUUAUGCGAGCGCACUUUUCUUUGUGAUACUACAAAGAUAUGUUCGUUUAUUUCCUUUGAACUCUCGUCUACGAACCGUUCAUGUGGUCAUAAAUAACGUAUGCCUGAACUGGAUCGUCUCCAUGAUUUACAUAUACAACCUCCUUCCAAUGGUUAUGGACACAAAAGACGAAACAAAGCAAGUGAUAUUACUAGCCAUUACCCCGUUCCUGCCUGUAAUACCUGUUGUUAUUUGCGAUCGCUGUACUUUGAUUGAAAUCUCUAAAAUCACCAACCGAGUGUAUGGUUUCGUUUUUGUUUGUUUGAGCCGUGGAAUCGUUAUUUCUCUAUGUCGUAUCAUACAAGCCGAUUUCACGAGUAUAUGGCUAUUCAUGGGAGUGUCUUUGUCCCUAGGUUUUCUCAAAGUGGCCGGCAAAGCAACAGAAGAGCUUCGGGGCAAUGUAAUGGCAUACUUUUUAGACCUCCAAGAAAUCCCAAAUCUCCAAGGUUCAUGGCAGAUAUCGAAAUCCAAGAUAUCCUGUUUGAAUGGAUAA